AUGACCUCUCACACCCCGCACAAUGCCCACAAGUACGGCCAGACUUCAGCUCAAAAGGUCUCCCUGGAUGAGUACCUCGGUCCAGCUCGAUUGCAACCCAAGCUGGGCUUCUGGUCGGUCACCGCUCUAGGUGUGGUGACGACUUCGACUUGGCUCGCCUACGUCCAGUCCCUCGCUCCUGCCCUCGUGGGUGGAGGGAUCGUCGCCAUGCUCUGGGGCUAUGUCCUGGUCGUCGUCAUGGGCGCAUUCACUGUCCUCUCCCUCGCCGAGUGCGCUGGAAUCUGGGCUACAGCGGGAGCGCAAGUGGACUGGGUCUACAUGCUCUCCCCGCCGGCAUGGGCGCCUUGCCUCUCGUAUACAAAUGGUUGGUUGGCUGUCUUUGGAAUGGGUUUGUUGGGCUUGGGAGGUGAAGCCAUCGCAGCUAGGGCGAUUUUGUCCAUGGCGCAGUUGAGCCAUCCAGACUACACCAUCUUGCCUUGGCACAUUUCCAUCAUGGGUGUCCUCGUCGCCAUCAUUACCGCCAUCUAUGGUAUCCUGGGAGCCCGUAUGCUGGACAAGACCAAUCUGGCCUGUUUCUGCGUCUUUGUCCCACUUGCUCUAGCCCUCAUGAUCACUCUCUUGGUAGAGGGCAGUGGCAACUACAAUUCUGCCGACUUUGCACUUACCUCCUUCAACAAUGCCACGGGUUGGACCAACGACGUCAUCCCCUUUCUUUCUGGCCUGGCGACGGCGGCCUUCGCAGUCAUUGCUUUUGACAGUGUUGCGCACAUGUCCGAAGAGCUGGAGACACCUGCAAGAGACACGCCGAGGGCAAUGGUUCUGGCUUUCCUAGCCAACAAUAUCCUUGCGCUGGCUAUCAUCUUCGCCAUCGUCUUCACGAUCACCACUGAUCUCAGUGAUCUUGCGCUCUCACCCUCGGGCUUCCCUAUCCUGGACAUCGUCUACAACUCCACAGGCAGCAUCGUAGGCACCUGUUUUCUCAUCUCACCACUCACCAUUCUCUGGCUGCAGUGCACGGCAGACAUCAACAUUUCCACUUCCCGAUCCAUCUACGCAUUCGCACGAUCAGACGCCUUCCCCGGCGCCCGCUUCUUUUCGGUAAUCAACACCAAGCUGGACGUGCCCGUACGUGCGGUCCUGGCUGUCAUUGCAGUGCAGAUCCCGCUGCUGUGGGUGAAUGUGGGCAGCUCAAAUGCCUUCACCGCCUUCAUCACGAUGCCUGCAGAAGCAUUGUACCUCUCGUAUGGCCUGCCCUCCUUCUUGAUGCUUGUCAGAGGCAGAAAGCUCGGUUUGGACAAAGACUCGGCGUUUCGAUUGGGGCCCAUCUUGGGACCCAUUUGCAACCUCAUUGCCAGCGUUUGGUCCGUCUGCUUGACAGUCUUUCUCAUCUUGCCCCCUACAUAUCCAGUCACCGCUCAAAACAUGAAGUGA